AUGUGUUACGCUGUAAAAAUGAAAUUCUUUGUCCCUAUCUGUAAACUAGAUCAAGGAAAUAAUAUGGAGAAGUUUCCAUUGAAAGGUACAUCAUCGCUGAGUAAUUUUAGUCAUAAUACUGCUGUUUCUUCCCCUGUUUUGGGUACGACCUACAACUCUGUUUCAGCUGCUCAGACAACGAAUGGUCUUGAUGGUAAUGGUGACGCUCGGCUGAGAAGCAGUGCUCUAAAUCGUGCUGGAAGCUUGAGCAGCGGAGACGAUAUGGGUGACCAGAGUCAUCAAGCUACACGAGAUCGGAUGCGACAUCGGUACAUCAUAAAGAAAAAACACGAUUCUAUUUGGGACCUUGUUAAGGGAGCUCACGACGCAUGGUCUGGAUGGCUGUGUGUUCUUUUAGUCGGUUUAUUUACUGGAGUCGCUGCUGGUGUUGUUGAUAUUGGAGCAUCUUGGAUGACUGACCUUAAAUUCGGUAUAUGUCCUGGUGCUUUCUGGUUAAACAAAGAACAAUGUUGCUGGAGUUACAGUGACUCGAUUUUUGAUGAUGGAAAUUGCUCCCAGUGGAUGGAGUGGGCUGAAAUUUUCGGCCAGUCUAAAGAAGGCGCAGGACAUUAUAUAGUUUCUUAUUUCUUUUAUAUAGCGUGGGCUUUACUAUUUGCAUCACUAUCUGCAUCUCUUGUCAGGAUGUUUGCUCCUUAUGCAUGUGGUUCUGGUAUUCCAGAGAUAAAAACAAUUCUCAGUGGUUUUAUUAUUCGUGGAUACUUGGGUAAAUGGACGUUGAUAAUUAAGUCAGUUGGUCUAAUCCUUUCAGUAUCUGCUGGAUUGAGUUUGGGUAAAGAAGGCCCAAUGGUUCAUAUCGCGUGUUGUAUAGGAAAUAUAUUUUCUUAUUUAUUUCCAAAGUACGGAAGAAAUGAGGCUAAAAAGAGAGAAAUUUUGUCAGCCGCUGCAGCUGCUGGUGUUUCUGUUGCUUUUGGAGCGCCAAUUGGUGGUGUACUUUUCAGUCUUGAAGAAGUGAGCUAUUACUUUCCUCUGAAAACAUUAUGGCGAUCGUUUUUUUGUGCCUUGAUAGCAGCUUUCGUAUUACGUUCAAUUAAUCCAUUCGGCAACGAACACUCGGUAUUAUUUUACGUCGAGUACAAUAAACCCUGGAUAUUUUUUGAAUUAAUACCAUUUGUAAUGCUUGGAAUUAUUGGAGGAGUAAUUGCAGCAUUAUUUAUUAAAGCGAACUUAUUUUGGUGUCGCUAUCGAAAAACUUCAAAGCUUGGUCAAUAUCCAGUCACUGAAGUUUUAGUUGUUACUGUAAUAACAGCAGUGAUAGCAUUUCCAAAUCCGUAUACAAAAAUGAUGACUAUCAGCGAAAUUUCACGAAUUUCAAUUCAACAAUUGAAACUGCUGGAGCUGAACCAGGAGUUUACAAAGCCGUAUGGUUUUUAGUACUGACAUUAAUAAUGAAACUAGUCAUGACAAUAUUCACAUUCGGUAUUAAAGUACCAUGUGGAUUAUUCAUACCGUCAUUAUGUCUUGGAGCAAUUGUCGGACGAAUUGUUGGUAUCGGAAUGGAACAGCUCGCAUAUAAUUAUCCUCAUAUUUGGAUGUUUAGCGAAGAGUGUACUAUCGGCACUGAUUGUAUAACACCUGGUUUAUAUGCUAUGGUUGGUGCAGCAGCUGUACUGGGAGGUGUUACACGUAUGACAGUGUCUCUCGUAGUAAUAAUGUUUGAAUUGACCGGUGGAGUAAGAUAUAUUGUUCCACUAAUGGCAGCUGCUAUGGCCAGUAAAUGGGUCGGCGAUGCGCUCGGUAAACAGGGAAUAUAUGACGCGCAUAUUGGACUCAAUGGAUAUCCAUUUUUGGACAGUAAAGACGAAUUUCAGCAUACAACACUUGCUGCUGAUGUUAUGCAACCAAAGCGUAAUGAAACAUUACACGUAUUAACUCAAGAUUCAAUGACCGUCGAGGACGUAGAGAAUCUUCUAAAAGAAACGGAACAUAAUGGAUUCCCUGUAAUAGUAUCCAAAGAGUCACAGUAUCUUGUGGGUUUUGUUUUACGGCGUGAUUUAAAUCUUGCCAUCGCCAAUGCUAAAAAAAUAAUGGAUGGUAUAACGAGACAGUCUUUAGUUAUCUUUACUAGCGGUAAUAAUUUACCAGUUCACACAUCAACGCCUUUGAAAUUGAAGAAAAUACUAGAUAUGGCGCCUAUUACUAUUACUGAUCAAACUCCGAUGGAAACAGUCGUUGAUAUGUUUAGAAAAUUAGGUCUACGUCAAACACUUGUAACUCACAAUGGACGACUAUUGGGAGUGAUUACGAAAAAAGAUGUUUUACGACACGUAAAACAGCUAGAUGACGAAGACCCCAAUUCAGCGUUACAUCACACUUCCAGGAAAUAA